AUGCCCAUCCUCGUUGCUCCAAACGCGCACCCCUGGUGCCUGCAUCCGGCCCUGCAGCCUUCCUACUACAAGAACCAACUCGGUGCUAUCGCGGCGCACAGCGUAGCACCGUUCCACGUGGGUUUCGCCCCAAUACGACAGCAGGCCCUGCCUCAAAAAAACAGCUAUGAUUGCCAGCUGCAGUGUCACAGGCUCUCCGCACACCAGAAACUCAAGGAGAUUGUGCUGUCUAAGCACCUUCUGCGGGACAUCCCCAGCCUCUCACCAUCGGCACAAACGUUUGCCACAGAGUGCUUGCAUAGCACAUUGUUGCAUUUCGCACCACAGCUAGUGCACUUCGCCUUUCGGAGCAUGACGGCAAGGACCUACCUGGCAGCCUUGCACUAUAAUGAAAAUGGAGUGAGGCCCCAGGCAACAACGAAGGAAGGUAAAAGAAGAUGGGUGGUGAAAGAUCCCAAAGCAAUGAAGGAGGCCAUUGCUGCUAUGCUCAAGGGACACUGCACCUACGAGUAUGUGGGGGAGCUGAUGGCAGCCGUGCUUGAAUUCUCCACCGUCAUGCCCUCGUACAAGGCCGCUGCAGCUCACAAAGGAACUGAUAUAAGCGAUUGGGAAAGGGGCCGGAAGGCUUCUUGA